GCGGUGAGGAUGUUUCUAAUUUGAUGAUGUUUUUGUUUUGAAAAUUAAACCAAACAGAUCUUAACGCGUUAAGAAUGGUUUAAGAUACAGAUCUAUAAUCAAUUGAAGUAUUAAUAUAUCAAUCAUGCUGAAGUCUAAUGUAUAUCAGCAGAAGAUAGCUGAGAAGAAGGCUGAUUUGGAAAAAUUACAAGAGUUCAGAACUUUAACUUCAGAACUAGCUACCUAUCUUGAAGGCAUUGGUGAUAGAUUAGAUCAUAUGAAAGACGGUACAGAAAGUGUAGCAUUAAUAUUGGCCAACUGGCAGAAUGUGGUGAAGGCUAUAUCGUUGGCAUCGUUGGGUCUUUUGAAAUACUCUGAUAAAGACUAUGAUACCAAGACUCCUCUUCCAGAAGCUUUGGUACGGAUCAAAUUAGAUAAAGAUGAAGAUGAUCCUCUUGACAAUGAAGAUGGUCAAGAUGUUGAAGAAAGUAUAGAGUAAGUCAGCUGCUGGCGGUUGGAACUACAAUAGAUAAGUCUGUAUUAUAUAUAAAAUAAUUAAAUA